AUGGCUCCGCGGCCGCUGAGCCCCUUGGUGCUGGCGCUGGGCGGCGCCGCGGCCGUGCUGGGCUCAGUACUCUUCAUCCUCUGGAAGGCCUACUUCGGGCGCGGACGGGAGCGGCGCUGGGACCGGAACGAGGCCUGGUGGGGCGCGGAGCCUCCUCGCCUCCCUGAGUGGGACGAGUGGGACCCUGAAGACGAGGAGGACGAAGAGCCGGCGCUGGAGGAGUUGGAGCAGCGUGAGGUGCUGGUGCUGGGGCUGGAUGGCUCAGGGAAGAGCACGUUCCUGCGCGUGCUGUCUGGGAAGCCACCGCUGGAAGGCCACAUCCCCACCUGGGGCUUCAAUUCUGUCCGGCUGCCCACCAAGGACUUCGAGGUGGACCUGCUAGAGAUCGGUGGCAGUCAGAACCUACGCUUCUACUGGAAGGAGUUUGUGAAUGAAGUAGACGUGCUGGUGUUCCUGGUGGACUCGGCUGACCGGCUGCGGCUGCCUUGGGCCCGGCAGGAACUGCACAAGCUGCUGGACAAGGACCCUGACCUGCCUGUCGUCGUGGUGGCCAACAAGCAGGACCUGAGUGAGGCCAUGAGCAUGGUGGAGCUGCAGCAGGAGCUGGGCCUGCAGGCUGUCGAUAGCCAGCGGGAGGUGUUCCUCUUGGCAGCCAGCAUCGCCCCUGCAGGACCUGGCUUUGAAGACCCCGGCACCGUGCAUAUCUGGAGACUGCUCUUGGAGCUUCUCUCCUAG